AUGGAGCUCCAACUUCCAUUCAACCUCUUUUCCUUCUGCCUAUUUCUUUCCUUCAUCACUUUAAUCCUCAGACGACAAUGGAAGAAGCGGAAUACCGGGAAGUUGCCUCCCGGACCGUGGAAGCUUCCACUGAUCGGAAGCAUGCACCAUUUAGUGGGUGCAAUCCCACACGUUGCCCUUAGAGACAUGUCCAAAAAAUACGGCAAGGACCUCAUGCACCUUCAACUUGGACAAGUUUCAGCCGUGGUGGUCUCGUCGGCCGAGGUAGCCAAACUGUUCCUCAAAACUCACGACCUCGACUUCGCCGAUAGACCCAGAGUUGUCGCCGGCGACGAAAUAUUUUACAACAGAUCUGACCUGUUUUUCAGUCCAUACGGUGAUUACUGGAAGCAAAUGCGCAAAGUUUGCAUGACGGAACUCCUCAGUGCCAGAACCGUACGUUCCUUCAGCCACAUCAGGCAGGAUGAGAUCCAUCGUCUAUUGGAUCGUGUCCGUUCAUCGUCCCACACGCCAAUCAAUAUAUUUGAGGAAAUGUCCAUUUUUACCACCUCCAUAAUUUGUAGAGCUGCGUUUGGUAAGACACUGAACAAGGCAAAAGAGUUGCUUAAGGUUAUAGACGAAAUAUUGAUCCUGGGGAGUAGCUUUUGCAUGGCCGAUAUGUUUCCUUCUUGGAAAAUACUUCACUUGCUUGCCGGAGAAAAGAGUAGGAUGGUGAAAGUUCGGCGCAAAGCUGACGAAAUCAUGGGGAACAUCAUAAACGAGCAUAGAAACAACUUGGAUUGCGGCAAAACGGGGAGUGGUGAGUCAGGUGCUGAGGACAUAGUUGAUGUCCUCAUAAAGCUCAAGGAUAGCAACACCCUUCCUGUGUCCAUCACAGACGACAACAUCAAAUGUGUAAUUCUCGAUAUGUUUGGUGGAGGAGUGGAUACGUCAACGACAACAACAGCGUGCGCCAUGUGCGCCAUGGUGGAAAUGGUGAAGAAUCCGAGGGUGUUGGCCAAAGCACAAGCCGAGGUGAGACAAGCGUUCAAAGGGAAACAAACGUUGUUGUUAGACGAGAAUGAUGUGGAAAAGCUGCAAUACUUGAGUUCAGUCAUCAAAGAAACGUUGAGGCUUCACCCCACGGGUUCCAUGAUUUUGAGGGAGUGCAAGAAAGAAACUCUAGUCCGUGGAUACACUAUUCCACCCAAAACGAGAUUAAUCAUCAACGCUUGGGCGAUGAGUAGAGAUCCCGAGUACUGGGAAGAUCCGGAGAGCUUUAAACCAGAGAGAUUCGAGGAUAAUCCCAUGGAUUACAAUGGAAGCCAAUUGGAAUAUAUGCCAUUUGGGGCAGGAAGGAGGAUAUGCCCAGGCAUUUCAUUUGGGUUAGCAAAUGUUCAGACUCCUUUGGCAUAUUUGCUCUACCACUUUGAUUGGAAAUUUCCACAUGGAAUAACACCUGAUGGACUGGAAAUUGGGGAAAAACCUGGAAUUGUCGUAAAGCCAAAGAAUGACCUUUUAUUGAUUGCUGCUCCUGCCCCUCUUGCUGCUGUUUAA